GGUUGCGUCGCCUCACAGUAUACCCACCAACUGCAAAUUGACAGUUUCUCAGGUGAGGCGCUACGCUACAGGAGCUGUUUCACUUUCUCUUGAGUUUCAGCGCGCAUAUCACUGUGAGCCUGGGGUUGAUUAACUCAAAACCCAGUUACCAGAAGCCCUCACAUCACGGCACCAUGAGCAAAAAGAAAAAGGAGUGGAGAGCGGAGAAAGACCGCUUACUCAGCCUUUCAACCGAGGAUAGACGCAAAGAUUAUCGGGGCAACUAUCUGGCACUGGACAAGAUACCCACCUGGGCAAGUCAAGAGAACAGUACAGUUACAGAGGAUGAAGAACUGAAGUCUUUCUCCCUGGCCGACAAAGUGUCUCUGUACAAAGGUGACAUUACUAUUCUGGAGGUGGAUGCAAUAGUAAAUGCUGCGAACUCGUCUCUGCUCGGGGGAGGAGGUGUGGACGGCUGCAUACACAGAGCCGCGGGUCAUCUGCUGUUCGAGGAGUGCCACUCUUUAAACGGAUGCGACACGGGACAGGCCAAGAUCACCUGCGGCUACGACCUCCCUGCCAAAUAUGUGAUCCAUACCGUCGGCCCGAUCGCCAGAGGGAACCUGGGCCAGUCCCAAAGAGAUGACCUCGAAUCAUGCUACAAAACCUCCCUAAAGCUGGUGAAAGAUAAUAAUUUACGAUCUUUGGCCUUUCCAUGCAUAUCUACAGGAAUAUAUGGUUUUCCCAACGAUCCUGCAGCAGAAAUCGCCCUGAAGACCGUGAAAGGCUGGAUCGAGAAGAACAGAGAUGAGAUCGACCUUGUCAUAUUCUGCGUCUUCCUGGAGACAGAUUAUGAAAUUUACAAGAGGAAGAUGUCACAUUUCUUCUCCCCAGAUAAUGACGGCCAUGAGGAGGAGGAAGAUGCUAAAAUGGAGGAUGAUAACACACUGACUGAGGGUGGAGAAGAAAUUGAACCUGCAGGUAUCAUGUGUGGUCUUGGGCAUGUGCUUUACAGUUUUGUUUGUGGUGAUGCUAAGGAAGACGCAGAGAUGAUGAGCCAGCCAGAUGAAAACUGUGGGGAUGAUGUGACGAUGGAAAGCCAGAAGCAAGUUGAAAGUCCAGAUGUCAAAUCUCUGGAGCAGGGGAAUGAAGAGCAUGCUCAAGGAGAUCCAGAAGUGGAAGAGAGUCCCCCAACAAAGAAAAAACUGGAAGAGGGCAACAAGGAGGAAGAAAGAGAGGAGGAGAAGAAAGAAGUGAAGUUAGGUGAUCCAGUUGCAGGGGAGGAUGACAGCCCUGGAAAGACAGAUGACAGCCCUGGAAAGAAGAUGAAAACUGGCCAGACUGACGCAGAGGGAAAACAAAGGAAAGGCUCAACUAAGAGUGCAGAACCCAAGGAGGGUACUAGUCAAGGUGGUGACGUUCCCAUGGAUGUCCAAGAUGGUGAUAAAAGUGAGGUCAAAGCAACUAAGGAGAACACCAGCACUAAAGAUGAAAUGAAAGCCCAGGACAAGAGCUCACAAGAGUCUGAAUCAGCUCCAACAGAUAGCAGUCAGCCCAAAGAUGGCCAAGAGGAGAACAGCGCACAGAGAAAAGAAUGAAACGACAAUCAGCCUCAUAGGAGCGAGUGCCGGCAAACUGUGUGAAGGCAAACAUCACACCAAUUUUGUCCCACGCCAGGGAGUCGCCCGCAAACACUGGGAGAAGAUACGACCCCCAUUUCAUUCACUUCCCUUCUAUUCAACCUGUCUUUCUUUACCACAUAUAAAUGAUAAAUCAAAUAUAUAGGUAUAUAAAAUGGAACAAAUGAGAGUUUGAACAUAUCAGAGCGAGUGCAGGGGUCAUAGAGUUGGAGGAGCUACUAUACCUCACUAACAAGCUGCUUGAUCAAUAUUUUUUCAACGAGGCAUCCUGGUGCUGAUUUAAACUCAAUCUGAACUGAUUUAAAUAAGAUUGUUUUAACGCGUCUUAAAAUCAUCCUGAUGCUUUUAUUUAAGCCCUGAUUUGUAAAGCCACGGCUGAAUUUUCCAUCCAACUCUUAAUGCAAAAUUCAGACCAAAUAUGAUCAGAUUCUAUAGUCCUGUGAAUAACACUAAAUGUCUAUUUGUGCAUGAGUGUGCGUGUGUGUGCAUACACAAGCCAAUGAUGUCACUUUAAAGAGGUUUCACUUUAUUCGUGAGCUUAGGAACCAAGUGUGAAGAGCGAUCUCACAUCGAGUGGUGGUAUUUGGCACCACCUGGACGCUAUCGACAAGUCCUCAACUUCACCAGAGGUGCACAAAAGCUUCCCUUUUUAACGUCACACAUGAGCAUUGGUCACGUUUCAUCCCCAAAGCUGCUCUGAUUUCUGCGAAUGGCUUGUUUUAAAAAGGCAAACCUCGGUUGUGUCAGAUCGAUGUGCCCGUUUUUGACGAGUGUGCUAACAGAUUCAUUCACUCAUGGUGUAACUAGAUGCAUGCCAUUGUUUAAAAUGUUUUCUUUGCAGUUCAUUCCCUCGUUCUCUGUCCCUACCAGCUCUUCCAUCUCACUUGCAAGCCCUCAGUAUUUAUUUUUUUUGCAUCUCCAAAACAUAAUCUGCCUUAUUUUUUGACACACGUAAAUGAUCACAAAUUGGUGACGGGGAGAACAUGACAAAGUGUGGCUUUGAAUGAAUUCAAUUCUACGUGGUGAUGAGUGAUACAUUUCUUUCAUUUAAACAUAUCUUUUUUUCUGUCUUUGAUCGUUUUUUGAUUUGAUUUUAAAUCUUCAUGCAUUUUGGUUGAUUAAAAAAACAAUGUAUUCAAAAGAUUAAUUUGCUCCUUUAAAUGGUGCCAUACUUGUAUAUCAGAUUAACUCCUGCCUUCAUUCUUUGAUGUUUGCUUUGCUAUCAAGUAACUAUGAAUAAAGUUAUGAAGUUGUUUCCCUCGG